UACUUAGUGUUAUAGAUAGAGUUAAGAUUAUAGAUAGAUUUAAGGCUGGAGUUAGGUUUAUAGAUAGAGUUAUAGACAGAGGGUUAUAGUUCUGCUUAUACAUCGAGGUAGGGUUAGAGAUGGAGUUACAGAUAGGGCUAGAGAUAAAGUUAGGGUUAUAGUUUGGACUAUAGAUAGAGUUAGAUUUAUAGAUAGGGUACAGGUUAGGGUUUGAAUCAAUGUUAUACUUAGGGUUAGAUUUAUAAAUAGGUUAUAGAUAGGUAUAUACUACUUCUUAUACACAGAGUUACGGUUAUAGAUAGGGUUAGAGAUGCAGUUAGAGAUGGAUUUAGAGACAGGGUUAGAGAUGGAGUUCACAAUAGGGUUCGAGAUGGAUUUAGAGACAGGGUUAGAGAUGGAGUUAGCAAUAGGGUUAGAGAUGGAUUUAGAGAUAGGGUUAGAGAUGGAGUUAGACAUAGGGUUAUAGAUGGAGUUAGAUAUAGGGUUAGAGAUGGAGUUAGAGACAGGGUUUGAGAUGCAGCUAGAGACAGGGUUAGAGAUGGAGUUAAAGUUAGAGAUGGAGUUAGACAUAGAUUUAGAGAUGGAGUUAGAGAUAGGGUUAGAGAUGGAGCUACAGAUUGGGUUAGAGAUGGAUUUAGAGACAGGGUUAGAGAUGGAGUUAGAUAUAGGGUUAGAGAUAGAGUUAGAGAUAGAGUUUGAGAUGGAGCUAGAGAUAGGGUUAGAGAAGGAUUUAGAGAAAGGAUUAGAGAAGGAUUUAGAGAUAGCGUUACAGAUGGAGUUAGUGAUAGGUUUAAAGAUGGAGUUAGAGAUAGAGUUAGAGAUGGAGCUAAGGUUAGAGUUGGAGCUAGAGAUAGGGUUAGAGAUGGAGCUAGAGAUAGGGUUAGAGAUGGAGCUAGAGAUAGGGUUAGAGAUGGGUUUAGAGACAGGGUUAGAGGUGGAGUUAGAGAUGGAGUUAGAGAAAGGGUUAGAGAUGGGGUUAGAGACAGGGUUAGAGAUGGAGCUUGAGCUAGGGUUAGAGAUGCAAUUAGAGAUCGGGUUAGAGAUGCAGUUAGACAUAGAGUUUGAGAUAAUGAUAGGGUUAGAGAUGGUGUUAGAGAUAGAAUUGGAGUUAGGUCAUGCAGUGGACCUCUCCUUUGAUUUCCAGCAUGGCGUGAUCAUCACGGACGAGGACGAGUACUUCAUUGAGCCGCUGAAUCCUGGCACCAACCUCAGCAGUCGGGAUGAGCAGGAAGGACCCCCACACGUGGUGUACAAGCGCUCCUCUCUCCAGCACCCCCACAUGGAUGCCGCUUGUGGUGUGAUAGACGAGAAACCGUGGAAAGGCCGGUCCUGGUGGCUGCGGACCCUGAAGCCGCCUCCUCUGAAGACGCUGGGCAACUCAAGCCAACGGGGCCAGCUGCCCUUGAAGCGGUCAGUUAGCACCGAGCGCUACGUGGAGACCCUGGUGGUGGCCGACAAGAUGAUGGUGGGCUACCACGGUCGGAGGGACAUCGAGCAGUAUAUCCUGGCCAUCAUGAAUAUUGUUGCUAAACUUUUCCAAGACUCAAGCCUGGGAAAUAUUGUGAAUAUCCUGGUCACCCGGCUCAUCUUGUUGACUGAUGAUCAGCCCACACUGGAGAUCAACCAUCACGCGGGGAAGUCCCUCGACAGCUUUUGCAAGUGGCAGAAAUCAAUUGUGAACCGCAAUGGUCACGGGAAUGCCAUUCCGGACAACGGCAUCGCCAACCACGACACGGCCGUCUUGAUCACCAGGUACGACAUUUGCAUCUACAAAAACAAACCUUGUGGGACUCUCGGGUUGGCGCCCGUGGGUGGAAUGUGUGAACGCGAGCGGAGCUGCAGCAUCAAUGAAGACCUGGGUUUGGCCACGGCUUUCACCAUUGCCCAUGAGAUUGGCCACACGUUUGGGAUGAAUCACGAUGGGGUCGGCAACAGCUGUGGCUCGAGGGGCCAGGAGACAGCCAAACUCAUGGCCGCCCAUAUCACCAUGAAGACCAAUCCCUUUGUGUGGUCAACCUGUAGCCGGGACUACAUCACCAGCUUCUUGGACUCGGGGAUGGGACUGUGUUUGAACAACGCUCCACCCAAGCAAGACUUUAUCUACCCGACGGUAGCCCCAGGCCAAGCCUAUGAUGCCGACGAGCAGUGCCGAUUUCAGUACGGAGUUAAAUCUCGCCAGUGUAAAUAUGGGGAAGUGUGCAAUGAGUUGUGGUGCCUCAGCAAGAGCAACCGGUGCGUCACCAACAGCAUCCCGGCGGCUGAAGGGACCAUCUGCCAGUCAAACACCAUUGAAAAGGGGUGGUGUUACAAGCGGGAAUGUGUCCCUUUUGGCACUCGGCCCGAAGGCGUGGACGGGGCCUGGGGCUCGUGGUCAUCCUGGGGCGAGUGCAGCCGGACCUGCGGAGGAGGCGUCUCUUCGUCCAUCCGCCAUUGUGACAGCCCCCGGCCGACGAUCGGAGGGAGAUAUUGCUUGGGAGAACGGAAACGGUAUCGGUCCUGCAACACCGAUGACUGCCCCGCUGGAUCUCAGGACUUCCGGGAGCUCCAGUGUGCCGAAUUCGAUCACAUACCUUUCCGAGGCAAAUACUACACAUGGAAGACAUAUAGAGGCGGUGGCGUCAAGUCCUGCUCGCUGAACUGCUUGGCCGAGGGCUUCAACUUCUACACGGAGCGGGCCGCAGCCGUGGUGGACGGCACUCCUUGCCGGCAGGACUCCAACGAUAUCUGCGUCGGAGGAGAGUGCAAGCACGUCGGCUGUGACCGGAUCCUGAGUUCGGAAACCAAAGAAGACAAAUGCCGGGUUUGUGGCGGUGACGGAAGCAGCUGCGAAACCAUCGAAGGCAUCUUCAACCAUUCGCUGCCUGAGGGAGGCUACGAAGAGGUGAUCUGGAUCCCCAAAGGGUCGGUGCACAUCGAUAUCCGGGAGCUCAACCUCUCUCUGAACUACCUGGCUCUCAGAGGGGAAAAUGAGGAAUACUUUGUCAACGGAAAACUCUCGAUCGAUCCCCCUCGGCGCUUUGACGUCGCAGGGACUACCUUCCAUUAUAGACGGUCGCCGGACGAACCGGAAUCGCUGGAGGCUUUGGGUCCCACCAACAUCACCCUCAUUGUCAUGGUUCUGGUCCGGGAAGAGUUGCAGAGGAUUCGGUAUAAGUUCAACGCACCCAUCAGCCGCAGCUCCGUGGCCCAGUAUCUAUGGCAGUAUGUCUCGUGGACCAAAUGUUCGGCCAUUUGUGCGGGAGGCAGCCAACUCCAGCCGGUGGUCUGCCGCAACCAGGCUGACAGCUCCACAGUAUUCAACCACUUCUGCAGCCCUGAGACAAAGCUGCCAGAGAGGCAGAGGCAGUGCAACGUGGAGCCGUGCCCCCCAGCCUGGGUUGUCGGGAACUGGUCUGACUGCAGCCGCAGCUGCAACCAAGGUGUGCGCACCCGGAGCGUGUCCUGCCGGCGCAAGGUUGCCACUGCCGAGGAGAAAACCCUGGAUGAUGGGGCCUGUGCCCAGCCUCGGCCACAUGUCCUGGAGUCUUGCAACAACCAGACCUGCCCCCCAGAAUGGGCCGCCCUUGAUUGGUCAGAGUGCACCCCGAGUUGUGGGCCCGGUUUCCGCCACCGCAUCGUCCUUUGCAAAAGUGGGGAUCAUGCCUCUACGUUGCCCACAUCCCAAUGCCCCGAAAACGCCAAGCCCCCCACCAGCAUCCGAUGCAGCCUCCGCCGCUGCCCUCCGCCCCGAUGGCUCACUGGUGAAUGGGGAGAGUGCUCUGGUCAGUGUGGCUUGGGCCAGCAGCGGCGUUCGGUCCAGUGCGUGACCCACACGGGGCUGCCCUCUGGCGAAUGCGUGGAGGCCCUAAAACCCCCUGCAACUCAACAAUGCAAGAGCAAGUGCGAUUCUGGACCCACGGACAACCCCGAAGAAUGCAAAGAUGUGAACAAGGUGGCCUACUGCCCUUUGGUGCUAAAGUUUAAGUUCUGUAGCCGGCCUUACUUCCGACAGAUGUGCUGCAAAACCUGCCAGGGCCGGUAAAACGAAAGCCCGGAAGCGGGAGCGCCUUGGGAAAACUGGAAGGUUUUGGAGGGCAUUGGGACCUCCCCGGACCCCGAACUCUAAAGGCGGCCAAGAGUGUAUUUACUUGAAACUCUUUGAAUAUUUAUUUCAGUAGCAAACCCUUGGGCACCGAAGUAUCUCCCCCUUCCUUUGCAUCGGGAAUCAGGGUCCACCUCAUACUUUUUGGAGGGGACCUUUAAAUAUCUGAGUGUGUAUUCUGCUGCUUCGGAGGGUAGGAUGUCAACCAAUGAGCAGAAAUUAGGAAGAACUUCUUGACUGUAUUUGGCAUCAACAAAAGAAGGGUGGCCAUCUGUCAGGAGGGAUCAGAUUGUACCUUCAUGACAAAAUGGGGUUGACUGGAUGUUCUUUGGGUGUCCCUUUCAACUAUAGUGGAGUAUGGGAAUUAAGUGGCAUCUCCUUUCAUCUCUGGUAAAGAAGUAAAGAAUGGAUGGCCAUCUGUCGGGAGGGAUUGGAUUGUGUCAUCCAACCAAAAUGGGGAUGAACUGACCCUCAAGAUCCCUUCCAACUGUUUAUGGAUGUCAGUUUUUCUUCGGUGCCUUCCUAAGUAAAGAUGGUGCUUUGUUAUUACGAAUACAUUUUUUUUGCCCCCCCACAAUUUCAUAUAUAAAUAUAUAUACAGAUAUAUUGUAUUAAUAUUAUUAUUGUUAUAGAAAAAAGGUUUUUAACAACCCUAUUGCAAAGAAAAUUGAAAGAGCGAGACUGCGAGAUUGUGAGACUGCGAGAUUGAGAAAGAGCGAGAUUGCGAGACUGCGAGAAAUUACCGCAUGGUUUUUAUAAUAAAGGACUACCUACCUACUA